GGAAAGGUCUGCAUAUGAUUCAGCCGGAUACAGCCACCAUGCCGCAAGCUGUUUUGCCAGAGCACAGCCACUGUUCCCCUCUCGAGCAUGGAGCCCAUAGUUGGCAUAAGCGCUCCAUGAAAAUGUCAGGGAGCCAAGACAUAUCCCGAGCGAGCAGCGGCGCCAGACAGGGCCAGUUUUGCCUCGGUCUUGCAUCCCUCAACCCCAAACGCGAACGGCAACCGGGGCGUCGCAAUAUACCAACACUAUUGACCCAAGCAACGCUGGAGGGGCGAACGCCGAGCAACAGCGGCGUAUCGCUCCGUGUACCCUGGAUUGUGGCCCAUCGCUCGCGCAACAAACUUUCCUGUUACAAUGAAGCCAGGAGCAGUGUCGGAAAGCCCAAGCUCGCACGCGGGCUGGCCGUGUACGACGCCCAUCGCGCGCAGGUGGGUCCUGCAAGGCACAUGGGCACCGGUAUUUAGAUCAACGGCCGGCCCUUUUUAGUUUAUAGGCUCGUCUUCUCAAUUGCCUUGGUAUCCGACUAUCAACUCGCGCAUACCCUAGCCUCAGGCUCGCACAAGUGUGUCAAACAGCGAUUGAGUAAGCGACGACGACUUGCCCUCGCAGCGUCUUCUCGUGCACCCGCACAGCCAGCAUCGCCAUCACAAGCACACGGUCUUGCUUUCGCUGCAUCAGCUCAAGCGUCGCCGUCUCUCAAAGGGGUCUUCUGCUCUCCUGCUAAGCCAUCAUGACGGUAACCAUGGACGACGUGCGAGGCAAGGUGGAUGAAAUGACCGGCAAGCGCAGCAUGAAGGAGCUGCUGAUUGGCACCUACGACAUGAAAUACCUAUGCAAGCCCGUGUUUCCCUACUUCCGCAAGUCCAAGGGUGUUCCCCCGCCCAUGUUCUUCGGCAAAGACGACUUCCUGGGCCUUUUCGUGGCCCUGGUCAUGGGCCUGCAGCAUGCGCUGGCCAUGGUGGGAGGCCUCAUCACGCCGCCGCUGCUCAUCUCCAACCUGGGCUUCGGCACCCGACCUGGCACCAACCCGCCAGUGCCCUACUCGUCCGGCAACCCCGCCGAGGUCCAGCGCUACUUGGUCCAGGCGUCGCUCAUCGUGUGCGGCAUCAUGACCUUCUUCCAAGUGCUUGGCGUGCGCAUCUGGAAAACCAACUUCCAGUUCGGGGCCGGCAUCCUGUCCUGCAUGGGCGUGUCCUUCACCACCGUGCCCAUCGCCACCUCCGUCAUUGGCCAGCUUAUGAAGGAGAAGGGCCACACGUUUGAGGAGGCGUACGGCAUGUUCCUCGGCACCAUCGCCAUGUGCGCUGUCAUCCCCGCGCUCCUGUCCUUUUUCCCCAUCCGCAUCAUCAAGAAGAUCUUCCCGCCCAUCGUGUGCGGCAUCACCAUCAUGAUGAUUGGUGUGCACCUGAUCGGCGCUGGCUUUAAGAACUGGGGUGGUGGCGCUUUCUGCGCCGACAACUGGCAGCACCCGCCCGCGACCAAGCCUUGCUUCCUGCCCGCCAACUACCCCAACGGCACCAGCUACAUGCAGGCCAACCAGUGCUGGGUGGGCCCCGGCAUCAAGUGCGGCGACGCCACCAAGACCGAGGUGUUCCUCCCCUUCGGCUCUCAGGAGUACCUCGGCCUGGGCUUCCUGGUGUUCGUCACGAUCAUCGUUUUGGAGAUCUUCGGCAGCCCCUUCAUGCGCAACGCGUCAGUCAUUCUGGCGCUGCUGUUUGGCUACUUCAUCGCCGCCGUGACCAACUACCAGGGCAAGAAGUACGUGAUCACCACCAAGAUCGACCAGGCGCCCGGCAUCACCUUCCUGUGGACCACCACCUUCCCGCUAGGCUUCUAUCCCCCGGCCAUCAUCCCGCUCAUGAUUGUGUUCAUCAUCACGUCCAUUGAGACCGUGGGCGACACGGCCGCCACGCUGGAGGCCUCCCGCAUGCAAGUCAACACCGAGGACGGCACGCGGCGCAUUAAGGGCGCGCUGCUGAACGACGGCAUCAGCGGCAUCUUCUCCGCCUUGGCCACCUCGCUGCCCCUGACCACGUUCGCCCAGAACAACGGCGUCAUCUCGCUGACCAACGUGGCUGCCCGCCAGGCCGGCUUCGCCGCGGCGUUCUGGCUGUUGCUGCUAGGCAUCCUGGGCAAGGUGGGCGCCUGGAUCACCACCAUCCCGGAGUGCGUGCUGGGCGGCAUGACCACUUUCCUGUUCGCCAACGUCAUUGCGUCGGGCAUUAAAAUCAUCAUCAAUGGAGACCCCCUCACACGCCGCUCGCGCUUCAUCCUGGCGUGCUCGCUGGCGCUGGCGUUUGGCGUGGAGCUGGUCCCGCAGUGGGCCACGCUCAACCUGUGGCCCGUCACGCCCGGCAUGUCGCCCGGCCUGCGCGGCCUGCGUGACGCCAUCAUCCUGGUCAUCUCCACCUCCUUCACCCUGGGCGCGGUGGUGGCGCUCAUCCUCAACCUCAUCAUCCCCGCUGACGCCAGCACCAACCCCAGCACCACCAAGGCGCUGCCGCUGCUGGAUGCUGACUCCUCCCACGACGCCUCGGGCUGCGAGGCGUGCGAGCCGCUGCCGCCCGUCAAGACCAUCGCCGGCGGGUUGGAACCCGCUCCCACGGUGGAGGUGACACGGGACAACGCCGUGGACGCCAACACCGACCGGGUAUGAGUGUAACGAAGACGCAAAAGCGUGGCGUGCGUGUCCGUGCAUGUCAGCGGCGACUGCGCAGCUGCUAGUUUUCUGCGGCUGCGCCUAGCUAUGUAUUUCUAGCCUUACCACCGAAUGGGUUGUACAUACGCCCAUGGCAGUGUAAGGUUUGCAUUGUGAAGGCAGUGUAGUUUGGCUGCGGUCGUGAUGGCGCGGCUACUUGCAUGCUGGCCUUGAGUAGUGUGCGUGAAGUAUUGUUGUUUGGGUGUGUUGGCAGUAACGGCACGGCAGCACAGCAAUGCAUAGGAGCAUAUUUGGAAACUCCCUGCAUCGGGCCUGCCCAAGACUGCUUUUGAUAGUGAGGAAAGUGCAGGUAUGUGUGCGUGUGCACGCCUGCACUUCUGGCGGUAUUAUUUGGUUCCAUGCGCGAUCGCUGCCGGGGGUACGUGCACGCACGUGUACGGCAUGGCUGGCAGUCAACAUGGCUGGCAGACGAUGACCGAGCAUGAUGGAGGGGUCAUUUAUUAAUAUCUAGCAGAGGCGGCACUAGCCGCGCGGUAUGGUCUGGAAGACACAUCGGAGCGUGGAUCUGAGUGGACGCAACGGGUCGUGGCUGCAGGCUCUGCGCCAAAUGAUAAAAAGAGACCGCCGCCCUGAACUGGUUGCACUGGCGCACUGAUCUGAGCAGGAAAUGCGAAGUGAGCACUGAGCGUGCACGCCCAAGGACUGCGGAAUUGCGGAAGGAGUCGAGUUUGAAGCAACGAA